AUUGUGGGUGGUGGGCGCGGUAAACAGAGAGGGGACAGCCAUUUCGGUUAACAGCGACUGACAAGGUGUUGUAGAUAGAAAGUAGGAAGAGCAAAUCAACUCGGGAGACAGUGCGUGCGCUUCGAGACGGGUAGCAUCACCGGGGAUUGCGUGAAGGUCGAUUCUUGUUGCUCUUUCUUCACUUGCUGUGGUUGUUGUGAGUGAAAGAGGAAAACAAAUCAGGUUCAAGACUUAGGCGGAUGUGGAGCUCAUGUGAGAAAUAGAAAAAAUACAAAAGAACCAAGACUUCACAGAGGGGGCCACAUUGUUCCACGGCGCUGACUUACCAAGUGCCCUCGCCAACUCAACCAACGGAGGAAAAAAAGUUGCCAUGGAAACUGUUCUGCUCUUCGUCUUUUCGUUCCUGGUCUCUGUAGCUGCUUUGUCAGACCCUAGUGUUCAGGAUGGCAAGGAGAAAAAGAUGGAUCCAUUUGAUUAUGACUAUGAGAGCCUGAGGAUUGGCGGUCUGGCGUUUGCAGUCGUGCUCUUUCUUCUGGGGGUUCUUCUUAUUCUGAGUCGGAGGUGUGACUGCAGCAUUAACCAGAAGACCAGGGCACCUGGAGAUGAGGAGGCGCAGGCUGAGAACCUCAUCACCUCCAAGGCCAAAGAGGCUCCAAAGGCUGAAAACUGAAGUUUUACUGGCCUUCCGUUUCUGCCCAACCCCUCAGUCCCGUUGUCUGCUGGACCCGCUAGCCACAGAAUCACUGAAGACGAUGACAACGCCUAUGAAAACAUAGUCCUUCACAGAAGAGCAAGAGUGGGAGUGGCUCAGCGGGGGUUGU